AUGAGGUACCAGUUCAGAGAACGGACUCAAAUCCCCCGGAGUAAGCCAAGUUUCAGUAACGGAGGAAGUCAAGAUCGCGGGAAUUCAUUUCAGCAGAAGAGAUCAGAAGCAGAGUCCAGCUGUGUGUCUCUGAGGAGUGACGGGUCUAUGGGACAUCCAAUACAUUUUAAGAGUGGAGAUGCAAAUACUGAUCUCAGUUCAGUUCAUCAGAAGAGAUCAGAAGCAGAGUCUAGCUGUGUGUCUAUGAGGAGUGACGCAUCUGUGAAUCAGCCAUUAGAUUAUAAGAGUAGAGAUACAAAGACUGAUCUCAGACAUGAAGUCCUCACCAAAUUUAGAUCAAAUCUGAUGAAGAAGUUUGGUCGUCUGUAUGAGGGAACAGCGACGCAGGGAAACCCAACACUCCUGAAUGAGAUCUACACAGAGCUCUACAUCACAGAGAGUGAGAGUGGAGAGAUCAGUAAUGAGCAUGAGGUGAGACAGAUUGAGACACAAUCCAGGAGAGCAGCAACAGAGGACACAGCCAUCAAAUGCAAUGACAUCUUUAGACCUUUACCUGGACAAGACAAAGCCAUCAGAACUGUGCUGACAAAGGGAGUCGCUGGCAUUGGAAAAACAGUCUCUGUGCAGAAGUUGAUCCUGGACUGGGCUGAAGGGAAAGAGAAUCAGGACGUCCAGCUCAUAUUUCCACUGCCUUUCAGAGAAAUCAAUCUGAUGAAGGACAAAACACUCAGUCUUUCAGAUCUUCUUCAUGUCUUUUUCCCUGAAACUAAAGAAAUGGAAAUAUCCAGUGAUGAAUAUAAAGUGUUGUUCAUCUUUGAUGGUCUGGAUGAGUGUCGUCUGUCUCUGGACUUUCAGAGCGCUGUGAGGUUGUGUGAUGUAAGUGAAUCAGCCUCAGUGGAUGUGCUGCUGAUGAACCUGAUUGUGGGGAAUCUGCUUCCCUCUGCUCUCAUCUGGAUCACCUCCAGACCAGCAGCAGCUGAUCUCGUCCCCUCUGAGUGUGUCCAUCGAGUGACAGAGGUACGAGGCUUCAAUGAUCCACAGAAGGAGGAAUACUUCAGGAAGAGAAUCAGUGAUCAGAGUCUGGCCAAUACAAUCAUCUCACACCUGAAGUCAUCAAGGAGCCUCUACAUCAUGUGCCACAUCCCAGUGUUCUGCUGGAUCUCAGCCGCUGUUCUGGAGAAGAUGUUGAGUCGAGCAGAGAGUGGAGAGAUUCCCAAGACUCUCACUCAAAUGUACACACGCUUCCUGAUCCUUCAGACCAACAUCAAACAUGAGAAGGACUAUGAGAAGAAGGUGACAGAUGAAGACAUGAUCCUCAAACUGGGGAAAGUGGCUUUUCAGCAGCUUGUGAAAGGCAACCUGAUCUUCUAUGAGGAGGACCUGAGAGAGUGUGGCAUUGAUGUGACAGAAGCAACAGUGUACUCAGGAUUGUGCACUCAGAUCUUCAGAGAGGAGUUGGGCUUGUAUCAGGGGAAAAUCUUCUGCUUUGUUCAUCUGAGCAUCCAGGAGCAUCUAGCAGCUCUAUAUGUGCAUCUCUCCUGUACAAACAGCAACAGAAAUGUGUUUGAGCCCAUCACAACACAAAAUGCCCCGUCUAAAGUUCUGGACUGGUUUCAACAUGUUUCUUUAUCUGAGCUGCAUCAGAGAGCUGUGGAUGAGGCUCUACAGAGUAAAAAUGGACAUCUGGAUCUUUUCCUGCGGUUCCUUCUGGGCUUGUCAGUGGAGUCUCAUCAGAUUCUCCUACGACAAAUAAUGACACUGAAAAGAAGCAGCUCUGACAGCAAUGAGAAAACAGUUCAGUACAUCAAGAAGAAGAUCAGGACCAUUGACUCUCCAGAGAAAUCCAUCAAUCUGUUCCACUGUCUGAAUGAACUGGGUGAUCGUUCACUAGUGGAGGAAAUACAACAGUAUCUGAAAUCUGGAAGAAUAAAGGAAGCCAAACUCUCUUCAUCUCAGUGGUCAGCUGUAGUUUUUGUGUUGCUGACAUCAGAAGAGGAACUGAAUGAGUUUUGUCUUCAUAAAUUUGUUAAAGGAAAGAAUGAGCCUGAAAAUAUGAAAGUUCUUCAGAAGCUGCUGCCUGUGAUUAAAGAAUCCAGAUCAGUUCAGUUGUAUGAUUGUGGUGUCACAGAUGAAGGUUGUGCUGCUCUGGCUUCAGCUCUGAGAUCAAACCCCUCACACCUGAGACGUCUGGAUCUGACUGUGAAUAAAAUAGGAGAUUUGGGUGUGAAGCAUCUCUGUGCUGUACUGGACGAUUCUCGCUGUAAACUGGAGAUACUGUGGUUGUUUAAUUGUGGCGUCACAUACGAAGGUUGUGCUGCUCUGGCUUCAGCUCUGAAAUCAAACCCCUCACACCUGAGAGAACUGAAUCUGUCUAGGAAUGAAAUGGGAGAUUUGGGUGUGAAGCGUCUCUGUGCUGUACUGGAGUAUCCUCACUGUAAACUGGAGAUACUGUGGUUGAACGAUUGUGGCGUCACAGAUGAAGGUUGUGUUGCUCUGGCUUCAGCUCUGAGAUCAAACCCCUCACACCUGACAGAACUGAGUCUGUUUGGGAAUAAACUCGGAGAAUCAGGAGUGAAGUUACUCUCUGAUCUGAAACAUGAUCCACAUUAUAAACUGGAGAGAUUAUACUAUUGUGAGUUGAGUGAUUGUGGCGUCACAGAUGAAGGUUGUGCUGCUCUGGCUUCAGCUCUGAGAUCAACCCCACACCUGAGACACCUGGAUCUGUCUCGGAAUAAACUCGGAAAAUCAGUGAAUCUGCUCUCUGAUGUACUACAGGAUCCUGACUGUAAACUGGAGAAACUGUGUUUGAGUGAUUGUGGCGUCACAGAUGAAGGUUGUGCUGCUCUGGCUUCAGCUCUGAGAUCAAACCCCUCACACCUGAGACACCUGGAUCUGUCUGGGAAUAAACUCGGAGAAUCAGUGAAUCUUCUCUCUGAUGUACUACAGGAUCCUGACUGUAAACUGGAGAAACUGUGGUUGAGUGAUUGUGGCGUCACAGAUGAAGGUUGUGCUGCUCUGGCUUCAGCUCUGAGAUCAAACCCCUCACACCUGAGAGAACUGAGUCUGUCUAAGAAUAAACUCGGAGAAUCAGUGAAUCUGCUCUGUGAUGUACUACAGGAUCCUCGCUGUAAACUGGAGAAACUGUGGUUGUAUAAUUGUGGCGUCACAGAUGAAGGUUGUGCUUCUCUGGCUUCAGCUCUGAGAUCAAACCCCUCACACCUGAGACACCUGGAUCUGUCUAAGAAUAAACUCGGAGAAUCAGGAGUGAAGUUACUCUCUGAUAUUAAAGAUGAUCCACAUUAUAAACUGGAGACAUUAUACCAUUGUCAGUAUUUAUACGUCAGUCCAGUUUCCUCAGGAUCAGCUGAUGGUGAAUAAGGAGCCGCUACAGAGACGUCACAGUCACACAAUCAACAGAGACUGAAGACACAGAGACACACAGCAUCACAGAAAGUUAAAACACAGGGCUUAUAUGUGUGUAAUGGAUCAAGCAGCGCCAGAAUCUGGAGCAGGAUCUAAUUGAUGAUAGCUGUGUUGUAACUGAUGCUUGUGUGUCAGCUUGUGAUUUUAAACAUGUCCAAGAGAAGUAGUUUGAGCUGUAAGGGUGGAUAUUUGAGGAGAAAUGGAAAGAAAGGUAUGUUCUGUGUUAUGUUAUGUGUUUAAUCAUGACCCGUGGUUGAGGUAAAGUUUGCAAUAUAAACUGAUCUAUGAGACGCACUGGUCACUUAGGAUGAAAAAAGUAAA